AUGUCGGUGCCCACCUCGGAGCCGACGGCGGUAUCCACACCGUCGCCCAUCCACAAACGCACAACUCCCAACUGCAACAAAUGGGCUGAGGCUCAAGACGGCGAUUACUGUUUUAAGAUGGCCAACGACGCCGGCAUUGAGCUCAGCUCCUUCUACGAGUGGAACACGGUGCUGGCCAACGGCGACAGCGCCCCCAACGAGUACUACGGCAGCGGCCCCAAAACUUUCGCAAACACAAGCAGGGAUUCCGGCAAGCUGCAAUAA